AUGGAAAAUAUCAUAGGAUAUUCCUCAGACACAACGAAUGUCAUGUUUGGUGAGCAACAUAGCGUUGUGUCCCUCUUGAAGCAAGAUGUUCCACAUGUUCUUGCCGUAAAAUGCAGUUGCCACUUGAUCCACUUAUGUUCAUCAUACGCGUGCCAAAAGCUGUCUACUUCGCUGGAAGAUCUAUGUAGAAAUGUCUACUCGCAUUUUAGCAGAUCAAGUUUGAGACAAAAGGAAUACCAACAGUUUCAAGAAUUCGUGGAAGCUGAACCUCACAAGUUGUUAUGUUUAGCCCAAACCAGAUGGUUGUCGUUAGAAUCGUGUGCUAAAAGGAUUCUAGAGCAAUGGAAUGCCCUUCAACUUUACUUCACUUCCUUUGUUGCAGAGAAAAGAGAUCCUUCGCAUACUACGGAAAGUAUUCUUCAUGCCCUGCGCAACAAGUACCUUAAAGCCCAACUAGAGUUUUUGAGCGCCCAACUGCACAGAUUGAACGAUUUCAACACGAUGUUUCAAACAUCAGAUCCUGUCCUGCAUCAUCUCCAUAGCGAAGUUAAUAGGCUGCUUAAGUCUAUUUUGUCUGAUUUCAUGAAGUUGGAUGUCGUUAGAAGUUGUGAUCCAUUUACAGUAUCCAUUGAUGAUCCAAAUCAAAUGGUUUCUAUUGAUCAGGUGUACCUAGGAAUCCAAGCAACGACAACACUGUACGAAUUAAUUGACGGUGAUCGUGAUCCAGAAGCAGCUGGACAACGUUGUCAAGAAGUCAGGGAAAACUGUUUGGCGUUCAUGUUGGAGGUCGUAAGACAAAUCAGGCAGCGUUUCAAACUGCAGGAUUCUGCAUACACUCUUCUUGAAUUUUUAAUACCGCAGAACGCUGUCAAUUGCCACCCGCCUACACUACUCCAGCUGUUUAAUAAGUUCCCGUACCUAUCCAACGUUGCAGACAAAGAAGUUGUUGAUUCCGAAUGGAGAAAGCAAGCACUUGAAGAGUCCAACGAAAUCGACCCGAAUGAAUCAUCGUUGCAAUUCUGGAAGCGAAGGCUUGACGCACAUACUUUCGACGGAAGAAAGAAAUAUCCCAAUUUGAAGAAAGUGGUUGGCUGCAUGAUGUCUCUUCCUUCUUCUAAUGCAGCGGUCGAGAGAUUGUUUAGCGAGCUGAAGCUUGUGAAAUCCACCAUGCGAAACUCUUUGAAAAGAGAAAGCCUCGUUGGUCUUAUACACACCAAAGAAGGCCUCAAUGUGCACUCUCUCUCAGCACAUGAUUUGACGGUGAAUAGAGAACUUUCCAUCCAACUUAAGAACGUCAAAAGUAAUGCAACUGAUACGCAAGCUAACGAACUAAUCCUGCAACAACUUGCAAAACCGUAA